AUGUUUGGGUCCCGGGUCCAGGAUGGGGUGGAGAUGCAGCAGCGGCGGACGACCAACAGGAUCUUUCCCGAUGAGAGGCAGGAUCAAUCCAAGAUGCCGUUUCAAGCCGGACGGGUCGACAGAUUCGCUGCCAACAGGAUAGACCCAAAGACCCUCGAGAAGCUCAAAUUGAUGAAUGAGGGCAACGUGCCAUGGCACAGCCGCAUCCUCGACCCCAGAAGCAGCGUGCUGCUGACAUGGAACAGGGUGUACCUGGUGGCCUGUCUCUUCGCGCUCUUCAUUGACCCUUUCUUCUACUACCUGCCAUUUGUCAGAGUCAUGGACCAAAGCACUGGUGUUUCGUGUGUUGCCGAGGACCAACGAUUGAGAAAUACUAUGACCGUUCUGCGGACACUCGCUGACUUGUUUUAUGUGCUCAACAUUGCGAUAAAGUUCCAUACUGCAUAUGUAGACCCAAAGUCCAGAGUCCUAGGGAAGGGAGAGCUUAUUGUGGAUCUAAAGAAGAUUCAAAGAAGAUACGUCACAUCAGAUCUCUGUAUAGACAUACUUGCAGCCAUACCACUUCCACAGGUUACUGUUUGGUUAAUCAUGCCUGGGAUUAAACGCUCAGAUUAUAACAUCCAAAACACUACAUAUGCUCUUAUUAUUUUGGUUCAGUAUGUCUUAAGAAUGUAUCUCGUUGUACCUUUAAGCAAUCAAAUCAUCAAAGCUGCCGGAGUAGUUGCAAAGUCAGCCUGGGGAGGAGCAGCAUACAAUCUUCUGCUCUACAUGCUUGCAAGUCAUAUUACCGGGGCAAUAUACUAUCUUCUCUCCAUUGAACGGCAGAUUACAUGUUGGAAUCAGCAGUGCCUUGCUGAGUCGAGCAAUGCGUCUUGUAACAUUGGGUUUAUAAGUUGCGAGAAUACUGGUUCGAGGAGUUAUCUUGAGUGGCAAAGUAAAACGCAGAUAUUUAACAACUGUGAUGCCACUGCUGAUCCUCCAAAAUUUAAUUACGGAAUGUUCUCGAGUGCAUUGACUAAGGGUGCUGUCUCAACUUCAUUCCAAGAGAAGUACUUCUAUUGUCUGUGGUGGGGCUUGUUGCAACUUAGUUCAAGCGGAAAUCCUCUUCAAACAAGUGCAUUCAUCGUAGAGAACAUAUUUGCUAUUGCAAUUGGAGCUAUCAGUCUCAUACUCUUUGCUCAGCUGAUUGGUAAAAUGCAGACAUACUUGCAGUCUGUUAGCAAAAGGCUUGAAGAGUGGAGGUUGAGGCAACGGGACAUGGAGGAGUGGAUGAGACAUCACCGGCUCCCACCCGACCUUCAAGAACGCGUCCAGCGGUUUGUUCAAGUUAAAUGGCUUGCAACGCGUGGAGUGGAAGAGGAAUCCAUCUUGCAAGCUUUGCCUGCUGAUAUACGUCGGGAUGUACAGCGCCAUCUUUGUUUGGAUCUUGUUCGACGUGUCCCUUUCUUCGCUGAGAUGGACGACCAACUCCUGGACGCCAUCUGCGAGCGGCUGGUGUCGUUCCUGUGCCCGGAGGGCACAUACAUUUCUCGCGAGGGCGAUCCUGUGAGCGAGAUGCUCUUCAUAAUCCGCGGCAAGCUGGAGAGCUCCACGACCAACGGAGGCCGGAGCAACUUCUUCAACUCCAUCCUCCUACGACCUGGUGAAUUCGCCGGUGAGGAGCUGCUCACCUGGGCCCUGCUGCCAAAGACCAACAUCCACUUCCCGCUCUCCACAAGGACCGUCCGGAGCCUGACGGAGGUGGAGGCCUUCGCGCUGCGUGCCGAGGACCUCAAGUUCGUGGCGAACCAGUUCCGGAGGCUCCACAGCAAGAAGCUCCAGCACACGUUCCGGUUCUACUCCCACCACUGGAGGACGUGGGGCGCCUGCUUCAUCCAGGCGGCGUGGCGGCAGCACCAGCGGAGGAAGCUGUCGGAGAGCCUGAGCCGGUGGGAGUCCUACUCGUGGUGGUCGGAGGAGCACCCGGCCGCCGAUAAGCCUAAGCAGGAGGGCACCUCGAGGACCGCCGCCGAGAUGCACAAGUUUGGCUCCGCGUCCAGGAGGUUCCGCGCCGACGACACCAUGAUCCGCAGGCUGCAGAAGCCCGACGAGCCCGAUUUCUCCGCCGACCAUUUCGACUGA